UCCAGGCGGGCGGCAGCUGCAGGCUGACCUUGACGCUGAGCGGGAUGGACUGGCCACACAACCUGCUGCUCCUUCUUACCAUCUCCAUCUUCCUGGGGCUGGGCCAGCCCAGGAGCCCCAAAGGCAAGAGGAAGGGGCAAGGACGGGCUGGGACGUUGGCCCCUGGACCUCACCAGGUGCCACUGGACCUGGUGUCAAGGAUGAAACCCUAUGCCCGCAUGGAGGAGUACGAGAGGAACCUCGAGGAGAUGGUGGCCCAGCUGAGAAACAGCUCUGAGCUGGCCAAGAGGAAGUGUGAGGUCGACUUGCAGCUGUGGCUGUCCAACAAGAGGAGCCUGUCUCCCUGGGGCUACAGCAUCAACCACGACCCCGGCCGCACCCCCGCAGACCUGCCGGAGGCGCGGUGCCUGUGCGUGGGCUGCGUGAACCCCUUCACCAUGCAGGAGGACCGCAGCAUGGUGAGCGUGCCGGUGUUCAGCCAGGUGCCCGUGCGCCGCCGCCUCUGCCCGCCGCCGCCGCGCCUGGGGCCCUGCCGCCAGCGAGCGGUCAUGGAGACCAUCGCCGUGGGCUGCACCUGCAUCUUCUGAACCGCCGGGCCCGGAAGCCAGCCGGCAGCUGGAGACCACCCUCCCUGCACCCCCGUGCCGAGCAAGGCCUGUGAAAAGUAAAGGCUGUCUUUUGAAAGCAA